AUGUUUGACUAUUCAUAUGUACUCGAUAUAUCAAAUCAAUUAGGUCAAAAAAAAGUAAGGAUAGAUUUAUAUAUCCUUAAUUUAUUAAGCAAAAAUUGUUUUAAUAUUGUUAAUACAGAAACAAUAUAUUCUAGAUUCCCCUUCUAUUCAAUUGUUAAAAUUACUUAUCAAGGUUUUUCCUAUAAUCUUAUCAUCUGGAAUCAUGCAACUUUUAAUGACAAAGAUGUUCACACCAUUAAUGAUAUGUUACUCUCCUACGAAAAAGAUACAAUUGUAUUUGUUUGUGAUGCAAAUAUAGAAAAUAUAGUCAAUAAGAAAUUUGAAAACUUUGAAACAAAUUUUGCAGCAAAUAAUACUUCUUUUUGUUGGACAAAAAAUGAAAAUACUAUUAUUGAUUUUCUUAAAGAAAAAUUUUACUAUUAUUAUAUAUGGUCUAAAAAUUUAUUAAAAGACGAUAACAGUAAACAGGAAUCAUUCGUAAGAUUCAUGAAAGAAAAAAAUAGAGAUAUCACUUUCAUUCAUAAUUAUUAUCAAAUGUGGCUUCAACAGUAA